AUGCUGCUGGAAAAUGGUGCUGAUCCAGGCCAGAGAGAUAAAUGGGGGGCUAUUCCUCUCGGCGAAGUAAACUCAGCUGCUGGAGAAUGCAUUGAGCACCCAGAAAAAGUUCCCUUACUCCUCGAAUUGUACAGACUCUUUGUUCGCGAGUUCGGAGACGAGCUAUUUGAAGACCUUGACAGAAGGUGGCGAGCUACAUCUGGCUUCCAAGGCCCCCCCGAGGCUCUCUCUUUAAUACAGGGGCAUUUUUUCAAGUCCUAUUCCGAUUUGUCCCUUGAUGUUCGGUUUAAGCGGACAAUGACCCUUGAUGACUGGUGGGUGCGUGCAAGCCCAAGUACGCUCCGAAUAGCGAUGGGCGGGGAUCAUAUUGACCCUGCCGCCUACUUACUUGAAGAUGAUAACGGAGAAACUCUCCUAUAUCGGAUUGUGCAGAGCAUGGCCGUUGAUUUCGCUGAAAAAAGGAGCAGGGACAACCCGAAGUGGCGCCAGCUGCUUUCUGAAGCAAUCGCAGCAUCUGCCGAUCCCUGCCAUUUGUCAUAUAAGUACGGAAGGCCGAGGACGCCUCUAACAGAAUUUCUCCGAUAUUUCACCAAGAAUUGGACAGAAAUUAGGCGAGCGGGUUAUAAGUUUCACUCCAUUAUUCAGUCAUGGGCAUUAGAGCUUCAAUUGGCUGGUGUUGAUUUAGAAAAAUAUGGGGCGAAGGAGAAAGCACUACUUAUGUCUGGUGUUGUUGAUCCGGAUGUCUACAUAUACGUUGGCCUUCAAAGAUCCGGCCCGGGGAUUUAUCCUGGAAAAGGGGAACAUCUUCACUUUCACUUUCUGUCACUUGAAUUUGGGCCAAGUCCAAAAGACUGGAAAUUAUGGGCCUCCAAUCCGGUGGAUGAAUUGGUAUGGCAAUUCUGGGGGAUGGUAGAGAAGAGGGAGCAAGUUAUGCCAGGUACAUGGAUAGAUUAG